UUAGAAACAGGCCAGGCUUACACUUUUGACAAUUCUACUUUGGACUUCUGUGAAGAAUACAACGUCAUGAUUCAUGUUUCAAGAACGCCUGGGUUUUCCAAUUGUGGAAUCCUAAAUUCAGGUUCAGUACCUUCAAAAUCUGAUGACCUGAGCUCUAUAACAGGAGCUAGAAACAAGCAGAGAUCUCACUCAUACUACAAUGCAGAGGACUCAAAGAACUACGGCCUUCAGACAAAGACUGAGGAAACCUAUCUAAGACCCCGCUCCAGGUCUUUUUACAGUUAUGCGACGUCGGAGUUGUACUCCGACUAUGACGUGGAAGACUUUAGCACACCCAGCCCCUUGAGGCAGACGGUAAGCUCCUCUCAAGUGACCCAAAAAGAGAAGAAAGCAGGCAACAGUGCUGUUGGUCAGCUUGGCUCCAAAAACACCAAGUUUAAAACCAGCAAACACUUGUACUCCAGAGAACUCAGUGGCACCAAAGGCAGUCUGAAAUCUGUGUCCAUGAUGACCAUCUCGGAGUCCGAAAACUGGGAGAUCAGUGCCAGCUCAGGGAUGAAGUACGGUCAGUUUGUGGACUGGGAGAAGAUUGACCCUGAAGCUGCAGAGAAAUACCAGCAAAUCCUGAAAAGUGAGCGCCAACAUUUAAAGACAAUGGCUCGUGAAGGAUUCUGGGCGAUGCCCCAUACACUCAGGGCCAAAGCUUACUGCCACAUCAUCCACGGCAUCAAUCCCAGGUCUGUCAGUCCAGAAAGGGAUGUCUACUACAAUGUGGUGAAGAAACUCUUUGGACAAGAAAAAAUUAGCACUCAUCCAGUUCCAGAAUACAUGGGAGCUGGAGAAAUACCCAGGUACUGUCUCAACAAAGCAGGCUUGAACUCUGUGAGAAAGAUCCUUCUUUGCCUGGGCAGUUACUUCCCAGAAAUGAAGUUCUGUCCUAUUUUGCCUGCUUUGGUGGCCCUCGUCCUUCACUUCAGCCAAGAUGAAGCUGAGUGCUUCUACAGCAUCUCCCGGCUGAUUUGCUACAACGAUCCCAACAAACGCUACAUCGACCAGACCUUCCUCACCUACCGUGCUUCGUGCAUGACCUUUGGAGACCUUGCUAAUAAGUGCUGCCGUGGCAUCCGUAAACUGAUUGCCAGCUCUCACCAGAACCUUUUUUAUUUUUAUUCUGACUGGAUCAUGUGGAUCUUUGCUGACCUUCCAUUCACUUAUGCCAUUAGAGUGCUGGAUGUCUACCUAUUAGAGGGUUACAAAGUCCUCUACAGGGUGGCAUUGGCUUUACUUAGCCUCUAUAAAGUAUCAGUGUCAUCCCGAGUGGCACAUGUGGAAGACUUCAGAACCGAUAUGAAAAGGUUUGUGCAGAAUGUAUCUCGCCACUGCACAGCCGAAAACCUUCUACAAAGGGCCUUCAUGAUUCCCAUGGCAACACGGAGGGAACUCAAUCUCUUGUUCAAUACCAAUAAGGAUUCCCUUAUGCAAAAAGGUGUCAGCAUCCACCAGAGGAAGCAGUCAGUGGAGUCGGUGGAUUUUACCCACUUCAGUUCCACUGCUGUGACUGGGACAGAGAUGCGAGUCAUCUGGGCUUGGAUACCUGAGCGCUUUGGGCUUUUUAGCCCCAUUAGGCUGUUUAGUACAGCUGAACAUGAGAGAAAUCUUACUUCGUUCUAUUCCCACGUGGAAGGACAUGAACCAGUUGUCUUGGUCAUCAAAACUGUGGAUGAAGAGGUCUUUGGGGCCUUUCUGUCCACAGAUAUGAUAGAAAGAACAAAGUACAACUCUGACAGUCUUGUGUACUUUGGAACUGGGGAAUGCUUCGUUUUCACACUUCGUCCCAGCAUGGAGCGCUACCAGCAGACUAUGACCACCAUCAUGACCAGAAGCCCAACUCUUCAAUGGUCCAACAGUGACAGCUGCUUCACAGUCUCCCCCACAGUCAGCAGUGCUGCCACCCCGACCUGCCCGGCAGAGAUCCCCCAGGACCCCAGCUACCUGACAGUCCCCUACCCUGCCCCACCUGUAGAACCCAUGACCGCCAAAGUAUCAAAGAUACAGAAGGAACAAAAAGCUUCAAAGUUCAUAGCAGGCAGUGACAAGCAGCUCAUUAUUGGAGGUGAUGGGGGUCAUGCCCUCUGCUUACAACACGACCUUGUCAGCGGAUUCACGGAACCCUGUGACACGUUCAAGAGCAUCCCACUCUGCAAGAGACAUUUCAAGAUCCAGUCCUUAGAAGUUUGGGGCAUCCAGAACUCAAUUUCCCUGUCUUGUGUUUUUUUAACUCGUGAAAUAAACUGUGACAAUUUAUAAUGUGAGUGAGACAACAACGAAACAAUUUAUUCUUGAAGAUUUUUGCUUGGAUUUGAGUUUUAAAUUAUUUCCUCAUAUUUAUUGUGUGAAAUAUACAUUGUGCUUGCAUAAUUUGAGCCGCCUGGGGGAGGACGUACUUGACAAGAGACAAUGACCUUUGUGUCCACCAGACGUAGGCUUUGGAAAUGAAAGAAAUCCACAAAUGAUUAUGUCAAGCUACAUGUCACUUCAGCCAUAUCUGCUCAUAUUUUUCAUCAUGCAUGAUGAUAAGAUUGUGCAAUACAACAAAUCCUUUUUACUAAUAAUGUAUCCUAAUAAUUUGCAACUUCCUUUCUUUCUGUAUGAAUACUGUAUUCAUAUACUGUAUGAGUACUAAUUUACAGCUACUGUAGAUUUAACAUUUAAGCAUGAGAAUGCAUUACUAUUUGGCAGGAAGAUUAAAUAUCUUAUAAAUGUCUUGCAUUUUUUAUGUGUUAUAUGAAAAUUGAUUUGUUAUUUUACUGAUGUGCUUUCAUAUUGUUUCACACUUUACAAUGUGUUUGCAUUUGAUACACCAUUAAACUUUAUUAUUUCUGUAUGA